GCUCUUUCUUGGCUUUACCAAAGCACCCUCUACUGCCCCCAGCCAGUCAGCUUCGUCUAUUGUAGUGAUCUUAUUGUCUCUUUUGAUUCCCCUCCCCCAUCCAACCCAGAUGACAAGCUCUCUGAGGGCAGAAUCUGUGCCUGUCUUCUCUGCUGUAUCCUCAUGCCCAAGCACAUCACCCGGCACAUAGUAGUCACUCGAUAAAUAUUUGUUCCUGUUGACUGCAGGAACAAAAAUCACAUGAAAGGAGGUCUCGGCUCAGAGAGGAAGGGCUGUGACCCUCUAACCAUGAAAUGACUUGGCCAAGGUCACUCAGCCAACAAGUAUUCCCAUUGCCUGGCCUGUCUAGACUGGGCCCUCUCUGGAGCCCUAUUCCUCCUCUGCCCAUUAUCAUAAAAAUAGAAUGGGGCAGACAAGAAAGGCAAUUGUCAGAGUAGAAGCCAAGAAGACAGAGAGGAGAGGGGAUUGGCAAAACAGUACUGGACAGCGUCCCAAAACUCUUUUCUUGCUGCCUGGUGCUGAGGUCUCCGUCUUCCCAGGGUGGAGCUCCGAAAUCUGACUCCACCCUUAUAAAAGAGGGUCCGUGCCCUGCCUCUUAGUAAUAAACCCUGACUCCACCCCUUUAUUGAUAGGCUCUGGCUCCACCUUCUGGACUACGCCUCCUCUGAAGAAAUGCCCUGGCUCCGCCCCUUCCGGGUAAUAGGUAAGCCCCACCCCUAGUGCGUGACGGUGUCUCAGUGACGUAACGUACCGGCCUGUUUCCGGGGUGGAGCCAGGGAGGGUGGGCGUUUAGGCUGCGCCGACCCCUCAGUCCCCCUCCAGGUGACCCCAAUCCCCGAAAAUCCUCACCCAGGGCCCCAAAUAUCCCAGCCCCAUGACCUCGAAGGCCUUUGGCUCUAACCUCCUAAAUGCCCCAUGCCCCCAAGGUGGCCGACCGCCCAAUCCCUUAACGUCUAGUGCCUCCCAAAUCUUCAACCCUGUCCCGAUGUGGCAAUUGAGUCUUCCCGGGGGCACCUGUCUCAUAUUACCCAAGAACAAGUCAGACUGGUCCAGAGAAUGACAGAGAAGGGGAUCCGGGAUUGGGGAAUCCUUGAUCCAAUCAUGCCGCUCCCCAGGAGACGUUCGGAACCCAGGACAUGUCGGGAUUGAGGAGAUACGAGGUGGCGCUGGAGGCUGAGGAGGAGAUCUACUGGGGCUGUUUCUACUUUUUCCCCUGGCUGCGCAUGUGGCGGAGGGAGCGGAGCUCAGCGCACCCUCGGGAGCAGAAGCUGGAGCCUCUGCGGGGCCUGAUGAGCUGUCUGUCAAGCGGACUGGGCACUGCUCCCCAGCGCUCCGGUCGCAGCCUCCCCCGCCGCACCCCCGCUGCCACUGCCCAGCCAGCCGGUGCAUUAAAGAUUUAAACC